AUGUCCUCAUCCCCCGCUUCCCCGCCAAGUCCAAAAUCAGCCCUCAUAGUCGGGUCCGGAGUCUUCGGUCUCUCCACUGCCCUCGCCCUCUCAACACGCCCUUCCUUCGCAACCACAACCAUCACCGUCCUCGACCGCCUCCCCUUUCCCGCCCACGACGCAAGCUCCGUGGACUCGUCCCGCAUAAUCCGGGCUGACUAUGCAGACCCAGCCUACGCCGGCCUAGCAUCCAAAGCACAAUCCAUAUGGCGGCAAACCGAACCUAGCCAGCUCGGCGGCGAAGGACGGUAUUCCGAGAGCGGGCUGGUUCUCGUUGCUGAUACUGGCAACGGAGGGGAGCACUAUGUCCGGGAAAGCUAUUCAAAUGUCGUUGCGUUGAACAAACGCAAUGGCGUGGCCGAUAAUUCAGUAACAGAGCUGCCAUCCAAAGAGGCAAUUGCGAAGACCGUGGGAACGGGCGGGGGAAGUGGUGAUUGGGGAUAUAUCAACCGUUGCAGCGGCUGGGCUGAUGCAGAAGCAGGCAUGAAAUGGUUACGUGCCCAAGUCGACGCCACAAAACGGGUUACAUUCAAAACCGCCGAAGUUAUCUCCCUGCUAUAUUCUCCCUCGGGGGAUAAAGUCACAGGUGUGCGGUUGAAGAAUAAUACGAUACUGGAGGCGGAUUUUACUAUCCUCGCAACCGGCGCCUGGACACCUUCCUUGAUCGACCUCCGUGGAAGAUCACAGGCUACAGGGCAGGUUAUCGGAUACAUACCACUCACGGAUGCAGAACAGGAGAAAUUGGGCAGUAUGCCAAUGCUGCUUAAUAUGAGCACGGGCAUGUUCAUAAUCCCGCCACGGAAUAAUGUGCUUAAGGUAGCGCGACAUGGAUAUGGAUAUACCAACCCUGUGGCUAUAUCUAAUCCCUCAUCCUCUCCAGGGAAGCAAGAAGAAAAGGAAAUAAUCGUCUCCCUCCCCGCCACUACACACAACCACCCAGACCUCACCCUCCCACCAGAAGCCCAAUCCGCCAUGAAGCACGCUCUCCAAUCUAUGCUCCCAACCCUCCCAGCUCGACCCUUCUCAGCAACCAAAAUCUGCUGGUACACCGACACGCCAACCGCAGAUUUCAUAAUUACAUACCACCCAAACUACAACAAAUCCCUCUUCCUCGCCACCGGCGGAAGCGGCCACGGGUAUAAAUUCCUCCCUGUAAUCGGCGACUGCAUUGCGGAUUGCAUCGAGUCGCGCUGUCCACCGGAAUUCCGCGAGAAGUGGAGAUGGAGAGAAAAUGUAGUGGACAAUGUUGUAACAGAAGACGGGAGUCGUGGCGGAAGAAGAGGAAUGGUAUUGUGGGAUGAGAUGGCGCGGACACAUGUACCCUCGACAUCAUCCAAGAUAUGA